GAAAGAUCUUUGUCCGCGGAAGAAACCUCAAACCAUCAACACCACCCCAUCACAAGCAACAGCACCGCACCAUGCCACCCCGGCUCCAAUUGCUGCCCUUCCAAUGGCAGCGGCCAAUGGCCACUACAACAACGAACCUCCUCUCCGCCUUCCUCCUCCCCCAAGCAGCUAUUACCAUCCCCCAACAAAGCCGGAACGCGCACAUCCUCGCCUCGCUCUCCGAUACGCAGGGCGCCUACAACAAGCGCAUCAGAAGAGGUCGAGGACCUGCCUCCGGAAAGGGUAAAACGUCCGGAAGAGGUCACAAGGGUCAGAAGCAGCAUGGUAAAGUCCCCGCUGCGUUUAAUGGUGGUCAGACGCCUGAGAUUGUGGUCCAUGGUGAGAGGGGGUUUAAUAAUGUUCAUUCGAUCGACCUCGCCCCCGUGAACCUCGACCGAAUCCAAUCCUGGAUCGACCAAGGCCGGAUCGACCCAACCCGACCCAUCACGGUCCGCGAACUCGCCCAAUCCCGCUGCAUUCACCAGACCAAAGAGGGCGUGAAGCUUCUCGGCCGGGGCGUGGAGAAGGAUGACCACGAGGUUCCCGUCGACAGUGUGCUCAAGCAGCCGAUUCAUAUCGUUGUGUCGAGGGCGUCUGCGCCUGCGAUCGCGGCUGUCGAGGCGGCGGGUGGAUCCGUCACGACGAGAUUCUAUACCAAGUCUGCUAUUGCGAGGAUCAUGAAGCGCGAGAUGCAUCCGUUUGUGUCCUUGGCUUGGACGAAGGAGAGUGGGAGUGAGGCGUUGGCGGUCGCCGCGGAGGAUGGGGAGCCUCUGACUGAGUCGAAGGUUAUGAAGGAGAUGGGGUACUCGUAUAGGUUGCCGGAUCCGACUAAGAGAAGGGAUAUUGAGUAUUAUAGGGAUCCGGCGCAUAGGGGGUACUUGAGUCAUUUGUUGAAGCCGAUGGAGGGUCCUAGUUUGUUCUUUAGGUCGCCGGUGGAGAGGAAGUCGGCUGCUGGUGUUAGGAAGGAGAAGGUCUUGCCGGAGAAUAGGCUUUGGUGAUUUCCUUACGGGGGUGUGUGAUCUG